AUGUACUUGUCAAGUGACCGUUGUUGUUCUUCAGUAAGAGAAGGUGGUCGAUCUGGUCUUUCUCGUUCAGUCAAUAAUCCUGUUUCAUUGAAGCGAGCGACAGCACGAGAAACGACAUUAGAAUCAAUUGAAAAAAAACGUCCAAUACCAAAAUUAUUUGAAAUUAAUCUUAAUAAUAAACCAAAAGAAGCAUUUGUUGAACCACCACCCGUAUCUAAUAUUAAUCACGAAGAAAAUAAUAAUUCACAACAAAAUCCAACUAUUGAAAAUCAAGUGAUCACAACUGAAGAAAUUAUAAUUGAACGUCCAAUGUCUGUUCGAAUAAUAAAACAAAAACAAGAGCAACAAAAUAAAGAUUUAACAACUAAUAAAACAAUUUCUUCAUCACCUGUUCUUAUUGAAUCAACACUUUUUCUUAUGCCUGAUCAAUCACAACCACCAAUUUCAUCUGUUGACCAGCAACAACAACAACAAUCAUUUACUACAUCAACAAAAGUCCAUGAUUUUGAACAUUCAUCAUCGACUUCUCGACGAACAACAACAAAUCGUAUGCAUGUGCCAGUACAUAAUGCAUCACAAUGGUUUAAUGGACCUAAUAUGCAAAAUGAACGAUCAGAUCGAAUGGAAAAAAUUAUUUCUUCACUUGUUCGACGAUCAUUCCGACCAAUAUCUGAUAAUACGAUGCCACAUGUACCUACAUUAACUUCACCAUCAUCAAAAGAACAUGCUCUGUCUAAAGGUGUUCGACCAGGUACAUUACAAGAUUUUUGUAUUGAAAGUCAGCGAAUGGUACCAACUCCAUUUAUGUUCAAUCGACAAUCACAAUCAACUAAAAAUCGAUAUACACCAUCAACACGUUCAUAUGACUUAAGCCGUUCAAAUGAAGGUGAAUUUCAUAUUAACAACAAGAAUAUGAUAAUAAAUUGCUUCAAAUAA